ACUCUGUAACUAUCCACACAUACCCUAUACCUAUACAUAACAACACUACAUAACUUAAUCUUUAAAAUCAAGACAAAACUUUUUAAGGAUACAUACAAACAUAGAUAAAAAAACUUAUCAUGCCGCCAUGCACAUUGCGCCAAAGGGGACUGGCUUACAGGCCACGUCGCGACAAGAACCGGGAGAAGGAUGUCCUGGCACCCAAGCCAGUGCAUCCUCGCUCUCUGCGCUUCCAUGGGUUUUUCGGCAUAUCCUACGUCAACCAGCAUGUAAUGGUCGAUGAGCGUUGGACUCCCAACUCGCUGACGGAGCAGUUCAAGGGCAUGACGGAUUUGUUAACUCGUCGCCUGGUCUUUAAAAAUCACGAGUCAAAGGCCAAUCGUCAGCGAUACUUCCGCGAAAACAAGCGGCUAAAGCUACAAUGCCGCGAUGGAAGGACAAAACUGCAGAAUAUCCUGGUCAAUGACAACACCCACAAGAUACGCAACUUCCUCAUCAACCAUAAGGACAUGCAGCGCUUGUACCAGAAGAUGCCCAUCCAUCUUGUGGUCGACAACAUUAACCAGAGGACUUUUGUGAUGCGCAAGGAGAGGGAUCGCUUGGAGUUUCGAUUGGGCCAACUGAAGAAGCACUACAAGGAACAAUUGCUACAACGAGCCAUGCUCCAGAAUCGCAUCAAAUACCAAAAUGAGUUCAUCUUGGACGAAGAACUCAAGUCCCGAAUCUUUCUGAAAAAGAUUGAAAAUUCGAAUGUGCGUCUAAAGGCCAUUAAAACCAUAAACAAUACCUACAAGAAAAUGAUUCAAGUUCUGGUCCACGACGAGAUUUUCUAUGAACCCAUCUUGCGAUCCCUCAGCAGCGACAUGGAGGAUCAGGCGAACUUCAUCAAACACAUCUUGUACUUGGGUAUGCCGGCCAUAGCCAAGUUCAAGGAGCUAAAUGACGAGUUUCGGAAUAUGGAGGAGAAGUCUCGCAAGAACCUCCAGGCCAAGCUCCAGAUGCUGGCAUCUCUCAAGAAACCGGGUGGAACUUCAAUUAUUACCUUCAACAAGCCAAAGGAGGCGGCACCUACCACCAAUCUGAAGAGAUAUGUCCGGGAGACCCAGAGCAUGAUGAUUCUUAAACUGGAGCUGAAGGCCGUGGAGAAGACGAUAAAAGAGGUUAAGUUUGUGACUUUGUGCUCCCAGGCCAAGGAAAUCUACCCUAGAAUGAAGAGCCAGGUGGACAACAAUGAUAAGCUCCAUCGCAUGAUUGUCAACGAUAUGUUGGCCCACGAAAUGCUGGAAACCAAAAUGAAGUGCGCCAGCGUGCUAAAAGGUGUUUUGGUUAACAAUCUCUCCGAGGAGGAGAUUAAUCGUUUAGAGCGCAUCAAGGACCUGAAGAAAACAUUGGAAAAAGAUACUGAAUUUGAAAAAGAUACUCUGCAGCAUCUUAAAAAUCGAGCGGAUGCCUAUGUUAUGCUGAGAGUAAGCAUUUGGAAUCUCCUGGAGAUCCUGCGACACGUUGAUCGCCAACCAAAGUUGUUGCGGGCUCAGUACCCCAACUCUUACUUGAAGCUGCCUUUGCUCAAGUUUGAAAUGCUCAACAUGAGGGCCGCUGCUCCGGAAAUAUUCGAGGAGAACAUUGACAACAUAAUGCAUAUGGUGAAACGAAAGAUCUACAAGCUGAUGAAGGCCUACACGGUUGAACUGAAACCGGCGACGAUCAAACGUAAUGUGGAGGAGUAUCACGCCGAUUUCUUGGCCAGCUUGGAUAUGUACGAGCCGGUGGAUGCCGACGAGCCGCCCCCGACUGCUCCGGAGGACGAUAUCUUGCAGGAGAAUAAGACCAUGGCCAAUGUACCCAAUCGGAAGCAGAUCAAGGCCCAGAGUGCCAAGUUAAUCGAGGAGUUGGCAAAACAGAAUGAAUAAUUAUGGUUUAUCUGUGUGACACUUUCUUUUCGGACUUCCAUAUUGAUUAGUUUGGAAAACUGGCCAAAAUUUGAAGUAUUUCAAUUGGUUGUGAAAAUUCUGGUUAGUAAG